ACACAUAACCCCCAUGGCUCCACGGAAACGCCAACGAAACAUCAUAUGUGCGGGUGCGCCGGCGACAGAGAUCACGGCACCAUUGCCCCUCCCAGCCGAUCUCCUGCUUGAGAUCGUGGCGCGCACCGACCUUUUCACUCUCGUCCGGUGUGCUGCCACCGGCAAGCACCUCCGCCGUGAAAUCCUAAGCACGUCAUUCCUUCGCCGCGUCACCCAACACAUGGCUCCCUCCAUCCUCGCCUACCUCCCCACCUACGACGAAGGGCCCCUAACUCUGACUCUGGUCCACCCACUGACACCCGCCGCUGCGUCUUUUUGCCAUGACCACCUCUCGCCGUUCAUGUCACGCCGCACGGCCAGCCUCCUCGAGCAAUACAGUCCAGUUGCAUUCCGCGGCGGCCUUGUCAUCCUCAGCCACUUACAUGUCAAUACACGACACAAGUACAAGCACUGUUUGGACAUGUGUGUGUACAAUCCUAUGACAGGUCAAACCACCUUCCUCUCAAAAUCGCCCUAUGUCCAUAUUAGCAUCACCACCUUCCAUGAGUACAUCCUGCUCACCACUGCGGAUGGCAUCGACUGCUCCUUCAUGCUGCUUUUCAUGGAUCGCGACUUGUGUAAGAGCAUCAAAGUACACACUGCCACAUCAUCCUCUAGUACCUGGGGGCCUCCCGUUACUUACGACAGGCACCGUGACUCCUUGUGGUGGUCAGUCCAUGACUACAGCCAACCCACAAUCCUCCACGGUGGUGUUCUCCACUGGCUAGCGGACCAUGGCAAACAAAUCCUCACCUAUGAUGUGAGGACCAGAAUGUCGGGACGGGUGAAGCUCCCACCUACCAACUGCAAUGAAAAGCAGCUACACUUGGCAACGUCGUCAGACGGGAGCAUACUGAAAUUGAUCACUAUAGAUGGGUUCAUGCUAUCCAUGUGGCUACACAUCCCCACAGUACUAGCAAGUUGUGGUGGUGCUAGUGGUUGGGCGCUGGAAGGUGUGAUCGAUGUAGAGGAUAAGCUGCGGUCGUUGUACCCAGACCUUCCUAUUGUAGCUGGCUCUGAUGUACUAGUUGAGCUUAAUGGAUCUGGAAAGAGGAACGGAGACGUGGUUGAAUUGCAGGUGCAUGAUCGAGAUUGCGUGUUUCUUGAUAUGAAGACAAAGGAGAUGCAUCGGCAAAAGUAUGGCUCCUGCUCCCCGUUGUUUGAGAUUGACUUGCCAUCUCACCUACAAACCAUGAAAGUUUUCUCGUAGCUAGCAAGCUAGCCAAGUAGGUAGGGUAUGUUACAAAUGUAUUUACCACCUUGAUCCAGUGGUGCUUGAUUAGUCCAUGUUAGAUUUUAUUUUAUCGUAUCAUACGAGCACAUGAGUACAUGGUGUAUUGAAUAAUAUAAAGUCCACCCGAUCCACCUCGGAAGCAUUCCAUAUAUACAUUAUAGGACAAGGAUGCAUAUUUUAUAUCUAAGUGUAUGCAUGUCCUAUCCAAUCAAGAAAGCUGGAUCAUACAAUCAAGAAAGCUGCCGGAUUUGGGUCCUUGUGUGUGAUCAGGUAGCUGAUUACGUUGUCCAGAAAAUGUCGCCUUGGUGAUUAUACAAUAUUAAUGGAUGGAUCUACAGUCGGAGAACACAUACGUUCAAUGGUUCUUAUAGCUAGAUAGCUACUUAUAGCAAGGCAUCUAACACAAAGGCAGACGACCCAUGGCGCCACUGAUCUAGCACCUGGACAUAGCAUCAAUGAAUGAGUUGAGGUUUGGAUGAAGAUGAAAUGGUAGGCGAUUGGAACAAGUUUAUAUCUCAACUCCUGAUGCCUGAG